GAACUGCGAUGAGCAUGCUGUAAAUUCCUGAAAUAUUUCUCCCAUUCCACUGUCUAACGUACCUGGCAGUCGUGAUAUCAUUAUCGACGGCGGUACUUUUAAUUAUACACAGGAGGAAGUUCGGUGACCAUGGCUUCGCCAGAAAUGUGCAACUUUGAUGCAUUCAAAAGAUUUCUUCAUUUAUGUACUGAUGGAGCAGUGUAUAAAGUUAUCGGGAAUUGUUGUACAACCGAAAAAACACAAUUUUUAACGGAGUUGCUCAAUGAUCACAAAGGAAAAGAGAUUUUGACGGAAGUUUUAAAAUGUCACACAGAGAGAAAUUCAGUGAAAAAAGACACAUUGCUGUUCACUGUGGCACUAUGUGCAAAGUCUACAGAUAAAGAUAUAAAACAACAAGCAUAUCAAACAUUCCUAAAGAUAUGUAAAUCUCCAAGGGAAUUAUUUCAGUUUUUAAGUUAUCAAAAAUCAUUGACAGAAAAUACUAGAGGAUGGGGUAGGUCCCUAAAACAUGCAGUCAGCCAAUGGUAUAAUCAACAAACACCACUAAGUUUGGCAGAGAGUGUUACACGCCAGAUUAGCUACUGUGGCUGGACACAUAGGGAUGUGUUACGUCUUGGUCAUAUAAAAGGGGCAAGUGAUGCUACCUGCCUUAUCUUCAAAUAUCUAGUAAAAGGAAUUGACGAGGCUAAGAAAGAAUUUGACAAGGAUGGAGCUUCUGAGGAUGUACGGAAGGUGCUGGAUUAUCUUGUUACCGUGGAUACCAUAAAACACUCCACAGAUGACCACCAGGUGGCAUGCCUGGUUGAAAAACACAAAUUUGGUUUGGAGAGUAUACCUACCAAACUCCUUAAUUCUAAAGAGGUUUGGCGGGCCCUGAUCAAUGUUAUUCCUAUGACAACAUUACUACAGUAUUUUGGGAAACUGGCAGCUGUUGGGCUGUUAGAAGCUUCAUGUGAAACCAGUAAAGUUUUGGUAGAGAAGCUGCAGGAUGUUGAUGCUCUCAAGGAAGGGAGGGUGGACCCAUUGUCUGUCCUUCUGGCCUCAAGAAUAUAUGAACAAGGCAAGGGGGGCAAGCCCAAGUGGUCACGAAAUGAGGAGAUAGUUCAUGCCCUUGACGCGGCCUUUGAUUCUGCAAUUAAGAAAAACAUGGAGGCUACGAAAAAACGUUACUUAGUGGCAGUGCGGGUAGGCGUGAGCAAGGGAAAGCUAGCAGUACGAGGGACGCAAGUCCUGUCCAAUAUCAUUGCUGCGGCUGCCAUGACAUCAAUGACUAUGAAGAGUGAGGAUAAGGUGGAUGUUGUUUAUUUUACCCGUAGUGUCACUCCCCUUCCUGUCAGUGCUGAUUCCAAGCUCUCUGACAUCUGUGAUGAACUAGCCACUCAAAUCAUCAUAGCAGACAACCUCCCAGAGCCUGAGGAAGACAAGCCAAAAAAUGAUGAACCAGUAUUUAGAGGGGUACCUCCUCCACCAUGUGACAUUGCAGGACCAAUCAAAUGGGCCAGUGAAAACAAGAAAGCAGUAGACGUAUUCCUGAUCCUGACAGACAAUCGGGACAAAUCUACUGGAAACGUCUCCCCGCAGGAUGCUCUACAACAGUAUAGAAAAGAUAUGGACAUGCCAAAUGCAAAAAUGGUGACGUGUGGCUUUACUAGUUCAACAAUGUGGGUGGCAGAGCAGAAUGACAAAGGGAUGCUGGAUAUCGCAGGCUUUGAUUUGACUGUACCAAACGUGAUACAUAACUUUGUGAUGGACACUUAUUGAUGUGUAAAGACAUUAAUAUAAAAGUCUGUUAUCUGUGUAGGCAGCCAUGGCCAGUCAGGCAAUGGCCAUGCUUCCCCCAGUCUUUAGUCAUUAUAAAUACCUGUGUUCACAAGUGGAUUUUCUUGGUAUAUGGAUUAAUGCUAAAUGAUAUACUGUAAAAGUUGGUAUUUGAUUCGAAUUUCAUAAGAAACUUUGAAGUAAGAAGAUUGCUUUUUUUACAGAAGUUAAAAAAACAGAGUAUAGUUUACUCUUUUUACCUUUGGCAUAUCUAUUUUUUAAGUUUAUUCAAUUCUGGUAUAUAGGGAAAAAAUUAAUCCUCUCAAACAUGACAACUUUUACAGAAGAUCAUAGACACUUGACUAUAAUGGUCAGAUUUCUUUCAUCAUGGAAUUGAAUUAUGAAAUUGAUAUUGAUCUGUUAUAUAUCAGUCGGUUUUGGUAAAGUUUUGUGUAUUUCUGGGUAGUUUUUACACUUUGUCAUAGUGUGGGGUUGGAUUACGAUGGGCAUUAUCCACUUAUUACAAGGUACCAUAUUAUUUUUGUUUGUUUUUUGUAGGAUCUCUCUAUUUUAAUCCAUUUACCUCAAACUUAUUUAAAUCUAAUUCACUCUUUCUCUCAUGCUCAAGACAGCUGGUUUUUUUUUAACUCAUCCACAUACAAGUCAGUAACUUGAAAUGAAAGUAAAAAAAAACAGUUUUUAACUUGUAUUCAAACUCAAAUUAUAAGCAAGGUCCUCAAAAUACUGUGAUGACAUUAAAUUUUUUUCUGGAUCAAAGGAUCUGGAGUAGAUUGGGUUUUAUUGUUCAUAACAUUGUACAUGUACUUUAGAUUUUCGCUGUCAGAUGUUAAUAUCAUCACAGCCACACUGUAGAGUAUACCACUUUUGAUAGUUUAAGUGACUAGUAAAUAUGACGUCUGUUCGGUGAAUGAUCUGAUGUUGUAAAAUAGGACUGUGGAGUUACCGAUAUCUCCUUUGUGUUGUAGAAAUAGAUUUUGCAUACAUCAAAGUGUUCUGCACAUGACAAAUACUCACUCCAUGGGCCAGUCUCAGUUCUGAUCUUUGCAUGUUGAGAAUACCUAAAAGAGUAAAGUUAUCUCCCCUGUGUUAUAUACCUGUAUUCACAAAAUGUAAAUUACAGUCAUAUGGAAUAGAAAUCUCUUUCAAGCAUAACAGAAAACACAUUGUGUUUGGAUUCUGUCAUUUGUAUCAUUAUUGUUUCACUUGAAGACAUGUUCAGUUAUCAAUCAGCUAGAGUUAGCAUUUUUCAAGAGAAUUGAAAUAUACUGUAUUUAAUUUCAUAUCAAUUAAUAUUAUUGUGCACUAUACAUAAUUUUUAUCUACUAAUGUUUACUGUAUUACAGAUUCUUUUUCAUGGAUUACCAACAUACGAAAACAUUAAUGAUAUUCUUUACAAUUUAGUCUCCCAAAAGGCUAAGAAAAAUCUGACAAAGGAGUCGCAUUUAAUGGUACAUGUUUAUCAUUUUUUAUAUAUAUCAAUGCCGUUUUGGAUUGGAGACAAUUUGCUAGAUGAGUUGUUAAUGUAUGGAUACUUCAGCUAUCUUAAAUUUAUCUUAGGAGAAGUACUUUAUAGUAAAUCACCUUCUAAAAUUAUACUUAUAUAUACAUAUAAUCAAAAUUAUUAUUGUUCAUUCGACUUAUCUAGAAUAUAGAGGUGAAGGAGUAACAGAAUCUCAAUAAUCAGUUAUAAUCCCUUCUCAUAUUUUAUUACCAGCAACAUAGUGUUGAUAAACUGAAAAAAAAUAUAUUAACGUGUUUAUCUGUAUACCUAUGUAGAUAAAACCUCCUGCAAGAGGAAUUUUAUGAAUAGUUCAAAGACAUAAAUAUUUAAGAAUCCACAAAUGUAAAGGGUUUGUUAUAGAUAUAACAGUGAUCAGGCCAUGGAGGCAUGUUAUUAAGAUGUAUUUAACUUCUACUGGAAUAAAGUAUCUCUAGAUGCGAAACAUUUAUGUGACAACAAGGAGAGAGUAGUUUGUAACUGUCCUAACUACAUCAGAAAUGGGUUAAAAAAUUGUGGAGGAGGUGGAGGACAUGUGUAGAUGAUUGGUGUAACAUUUGAUUAGAUUGCUAUACAAUAAUAUGAUAUAGGAGUUCCAGAAAUAUAAUGUAACUAGCUAAAAACUGUCAUCAGUAAAUUAAUAAACAAUUUGGGUGAUCUCCAUGAAAAAACCAGCUUACAGUUGAAAUAGGUUCAAGUAUCUUUCAUUACAGAUUAUACAAAAAAAUUAACAAGUAGAACGGCAUACACUGACUUUUCUAUCAGUUGUACAGACGAGAUCUGAAGGGAAUGGACGUCCCAUGGUGGACAUGAAUGUGUGGUUUAUGUUUGUUUUGUGUUCCUUUGUACCAUUGUCUGUAAUUUGGCUUGGAUAUUUCUCUCGGCUUCUGUUUGAAUUGGAAGUAUUUAUUGUUACCUGGUUGGAAUAGCUCACCUGAUAUGAAAGUGCCUGUAAAUUCAUGUGAUGGUACAGUUUUCUGGUGUUAUAUUUUUCCAUUUUAAGAAAAUACUUUUAGGAACUGUGAGGCGAAGGGCUCAGAUGGUUUUUAAGCAAAUGAUCUUGACUUACAAUAUUAUUGCAAUGGUAGUUCUCAUUAAAGAACUGUUAAUGCUGUAAUCAAAAUACAAAAUACAAGAUUGGAAUUUUACAUUUGUACUGCUUGAAUGACAGACUAGUGUCCAGGAAAAUAACCCUUCUUGGCCCACAUGGAAGGUCAUCAGGUCAGGUAUGUUGAAGAUGAAUAGAGCAAAUAUAGUUGGUGUGACAUGAAAAAGGAUGAUGGGAUAUUCAAUACAAACAACUUCUCAUGACGAUCAAUAAAUCUUGAAUUAUCAUAGUUGGGCUGUAAUAAUUUUAAUCAUGAGACAUCUAAAUGAUAACAUAGCAGCAAUCACAGAAUUUUACUAACUGUACUCUUUGGUCAUUGUUAACUAUUACUUUACGGUUAACAAUUUUUUUUUUUUUUAUUAGGAUGUCUUGUAUUUCUCUACAAGCAUUGACCUUGCUGAUGUAUUUAGUUGUAUAAUGAAUUAAAGUCUAGACAGCCUCAACCCUAAUUCAAAUUAACAAAAGCCCAAAAUGUCAAAACCUUCUUUUUAUACUUUGGUACAUUUGCAAACUGAAGUAUGUUCUCUAAAUAAAUGAUUCAAUCUCCAAAUAUCUGAUAAGCCAAAAAAGGAUUUUUCAACACAGUCAAAUAGAUGAUAAACAUGCCCUUUGAGCCUCUUGCUUUCAUUGGUUUACUGUUGUUUAAGAUGAUAUAUCACAGAAAUAUAAUGAAUAACAUUGACAAUAAAAUUGAUGUAUAUGUUGAUCUACCUUACAGAGACAGCUGAUGUCCAAAACUUUAAUAUUGUGCUAUUGCUGGCUUUGGAUUUAUAUGGCUAUUCAGAGGAGUCUAACUUAGUUUUACUAGUCAACAAUUUUGUACUACUCUCACUAUAAAUGUAUCAAUUUUUGGUUAGGGUAUGAUAUUUUUCCUGCAGUUUUCCUUUAUUUGUGUGCGUUUUUGUUAAGAUUUUGCUCACCUCAUUAUAAUUGUAAGGUAACGAUUAUCAAAAUAAGCAUUGUCCUCUUAAUCCUAGAAAUUGAUAGUGUUCAUUUUCCAUAGAUAAUUUGUCAAAGUCUGCCUAGUGUCAGAAGUGGGAUUAAGGAACAUUUUGGAAAUGUUUAGUUUUCAUUGUAAUUUAGAAUGGUGAAAUUUGUUUAAAGUUCUUUUGGUUUAUGAAUUGAUCAGAACAGUUUUCUGAAUAAGUUUUCACGCACACAAUACAAAUCUAGCCCGACUUUGAACAAUCUUGAAAUAUUAGGGUAACUUGUUACAUUACGUACAUGUACCUACUAAUUGUUUACCUGUGUUUGAUUUGUUUUUCACCUGUUUGUGAGCCAGCAAGUGCCUGUCUGUCUGUCCAAUUAUAUACCCCUGUCUUGUUACAGUUCGCAAAAAAACACUGAUACAGCACAUAUUCCAGAAUUCAUACCAAUAUUGGUAAUUGAUUGAUAGUUAUUUUGCAAAAUUUCUCAGAAAUUUUAUAUGAAAAAUGGUAUGAUUCCAAAUAUUUUCUGAAUUGCAUCUCCUCAGUACUUUUUUUGAGGAAGAGAGAAGCUGAUUGCUUUACUGGAAUAUUUUGAACUGGUGUGAAAAACAUUGUUGUGUUAGUAAGUUUUAACACAUUUACAGGCAUAAUAAUGUCUGAAAUAUGCAAGGUGCAGUGUUUGCCUGAUGAACUUUGAUAGGACAUGUGGGAUGAGUUUCUAUGACAACCAGGGAUGUCCACUUACUGGUAUGCUAUAGAAUGUUUGCUCGUCCAAAUGUUACAUGCUCUAGCAAUGCUAAUCCUAACUAUUGUAGAACAUAAUCGUGGGCAGACAGAUUUCUGUGGAAUUACUUUUAUCCCAUGGAUGUUGAGCAUUGGACCUGCCCUGGUAUACCUUUUUUGUAUAAGGAGCCAUUCCCAAAAUGUUUGGUUUGGUCUGACGAAUAGACCUCUAAUACAACACGUCAUGGUCAAUAAAACGCUUUGGCUACGUCAA